AGUGACUUAAAAACGUAAAAUCGUAAGUUUUUAAGUUUUAAAGCGAGAUUUUAACUACAUUGCCCCCAGUGGUUUAGUAGUGUACUUGGGCACCGGGCCAUUCCGCCCAUGGGCUAGCACGGCACGACACGGUUAGAGCACGACACGAACACUGGCAGGAAAUAAAUGGGCCAGCCCGGCACGAGCACGAAUAAUUUAUGGGCCGUGUCGGGCCUAAACUUCAUGGGCAGGGGCAUGGCACGGUAUAUAAGUGGGCCGUGUCGGGCCUAAUAUUUUCGAGACUUUAUUGAGUAUAAGAACGGACAUGUCACGAAAAUAAUAUUUAUUUGAUAGAAAAUAAAUAUAAAAGAAUUAUAGGUUCAAAUAUUACAAAACACAAGUAGAAAACUAAUUAUUUGUUGUUGUUAGAAAUGUUAUAAAGAUAUAUACGUAAUUACUAACAUAAGUAAAAAUGGACAAAGAAUUAAACAAAUCUAAAUCACACUCGCUAUACUUCCAAUUUUCUUUUCCCCCUUAUUUGUUACUUUUCUCAAACAUUAUCGGUUAAUACUAUCUUCCCCCGUCCAAUUUUCACCUUCUUCUUCAUUCUCUCUUUUGUUUUCGUCUUUUUCAUUAAACACGAAUAUGAGCAUGACACGAACACGAAUAGGCACGAUACGAUUCGAACCGUGUCCGGGCCUGGGCCGGGCCUAGCAAAGUUUACAAAUAGGCUUGCAUGACACGACACGAAACUGACGGGCCGUGCCAAGCACGACACGAAAUAAAUGGGCCCGAAGCGUGCCCGUGCCGUGUCGGCCCAAACACGGCCCAACGCCCAUGUACAUUUAAUAGGCCCCGCUGUCGCUCAAACGACACGUAAGGCUGAGGUUCCCUUGGUUAUCAAAUAAAAAAGAUAUAAACGAGACAUAUUCGGUCAUCUCUUAGUACUCUUAAACAUUAUAUAUGCCAAUACAAAAAAUCCAACAAAUGUAUGAAUUAUCAAACAAGCCAACUAAUGAGUUAUUAAUCAAUUUGCAAUUAAGUUGCUAGUAGAGGAGGCUCUCAGCUAAAUUACGAGUUAGCUUAACAAGCCACCAAGUCGAGUUACCUUGCGAGCCUUACAAGCCGGACAAACGCAGUUUAAGCUUAACUCAUUAGUAAACGAGCCCAGUACCACCUUGAGGGUUUCGAGUUUGAGAUGUGACAAGGUCCCAGGUUUGAUCCCAGUACCACCUUCUUGGUGUUCCCAGAGACACCCUUGGUAUAGGAGACAAAGUCUUCCCGAUAAUGGUAGCACAACGCCGGGCACUGCGCCGGGACAAUGUCCUUGAUGGUUAGUAUGCAUGUACUCACAGGUUUAGUAGGCUCCGCUGUCACUUAUGUGACAUGUGGGUUGUUGAUGUUCCUGGAUUAUCAAAUAAAAAAAUUAGUAAAUGAGCCGAGGCUCUCGAACCAGAUUUUUCCGAACAUCCGCUUAGCUCAAGAGAAACGAAACGUUAAGAAAAGAAUGUAAUACGGUGGGUUCAAGGAAUCGAAUAACUGCAAACCCAAAAGAUCUGUAUCCUUUCUUUUCUGAUUUCUGAACUUCUUCCAAUUCCCCCAAAAAAAUCUAACCCCUAACCCAGCCGCCGCCUCACAUCUAUCGUACGGCCAGAGGUCCGGCGACACCCCCCGAAACCGAACAUGGAAGCCGGCGGCGGGAAUCUCGAUCUCAACGACACCGCCAAUUCCGCUCUCGUCGAUUCCUUCUGCGAGAUCACCUCCUCCACCAGGCAGGAAGCCGCUUUCUUCCUCGAGAGCCACCAAUGGGAUCUCGACGCCGCCGUUUCCACCUUCCUCGACAACGAUAACGCCGCUGUCGCUGUUGCCCCUUCUUCUGCUGUACCUGCUGCUCCUCCGACUGGCGGUGGUGGCGGGGGCACUCCUUCUCCGACUGAUUCGCCGGACGAAUCGAUGUCUCCUAACUAUUCCCCCUCUCAGUCUCCUGCUAGGUCUAGGUCACGAUCCCGCUCCCUGUCCCCUGCUCCCGCCACUAUGUCUAGGUUGCCUUACCAGCUGAGGCAGAGAGGGGAGAAGAAGAAUAAGAAGACUGGUACGGCCGGUGCUAGUGGGAGUGGGAAUCGUGGUGGAAUAAGGACUUUGGCUGAUCUCAAUCGGAUCCCUGGCGGUUCUGAUAGCGAUGACGACGACGACGAGCCGCAGGAGUAUUACACCGGCGGCGAGAAGAGCGGCAUGCUAGUCCAAGAUCCUACAAGGCGCUAUGAUGCCGAUUCCAUUUUCGACCAGGCUAGAAACUCAGGAGCUGUUCAAAGGCCCGAGGAUUCUUCUGCUCGAUCUUCUUCAGCUUCGAGAAGCUUUACUGGAACUGGGAGACUACUCACUGGAGAGACAGUUCCUACUUCUGCUCAGCCACCUGAGUCUGUCAAUCAUACCAUCACUCUCUGGAGGAAUGGCUUCACUGUAAAUGAUGGGCCUUUGAGGAGGCUGAAUGAUCCUGCUAAUGCUGACUUCCUUGAGAGUGUUCAGAGGUCUGAGUGUCCAAGAGAGCUGGAACCAGCAGACAGGAGAACUAAAGUCCAUCUCGCCCUAGUGAGACGGGAUGAAAACUACGCAGAACCAGCAAAGAAGAAACCAGCCUUCCAAGGCGUGGGCAGAACUCUGGGAACUACCGGUGAUGGUGGAGCCUCAGCAUCAGAGUCACCAGCAGCCCCACCGUUGAAGUCUGCUCCAGCUCCCUCAGUCGGUCUCACCGUAGAUUCUUCGUCACCAACAACAUCGAUUCAGCUCAGGUUGGCAGAUGGGACCCGGAUGGUGUCCCGGUUCAACCUCCACCACACCAUAAGAGAUGUGCGUGCUUUCAUCGUGGCAUCGAGACCUGGUGAAGCUCAAGAUUUCCAGCUGCAGACAAUGGGGUUUCCUCCCAGACAGCUCACUGAUCCUGAUCAGACAAUAAAGGACGCUGAGAUCGCGAAUUCGGUCGUGAUGCAGAAAUUCUAGAUCAGAUUACACUGGUAACCUCAUUGCUAGGUAGGCCAGUGGCAUUGUUAGCUAAGACGAUUCGUUUUUCCGUUUCUCAACUGUUAUUAUUGUCGGAUGGAUUCAGGCUAUGUGUAGGAAGAUUGUCAAUCACACUAUUUAUUCAAAUCAAUUUGAAUUAGCUUGAAGAGUUUCUUUUAUAUAUUUCUGAAGCAAUCCGGAGAAAAGGGCAACGAUUAUUAUCAAUUUAUUUGAAAGGCUUGCCAGGCCCACGGCGAGGCUUACCAGAAUUUGAAGGAGUUUUAUCUGUUGAAUCCUGUACAUAUAUAAAUGAAAGGCUUUGUUUAAA